ACUAAUUCAACAAGUUGCAAUUGUCUAAAUGGAAACAGUGGCCAAUUUUGUGAAUUUAGUCCAUAUUUAUAUGUUUCAAGUGUUUAUCCUGCAUAUGAAAGUGGUGGUUUAGUAGAACUCGCUGGUUCCUUUUCUCAUGUCCAUAAAAAUCUCUCUGUAAGCAUUGGUAGUUAUAUGUGCUAUGUCAUUGAAAUUACACCUUAUAGUAUAAAAUGUAAUAUCGAAGGUUUCCUUUCCUACUCGAAUUUCUAUGAUAUUUCAAUUUCACAAAACUACAUGGAAUAUACUGGUCAUAAUAUUUAUAAACCAAAUUUAAUGAAACCAUGCUUUUAUGGAGUUUUAAUAGGAAAUGAAUGUGUUUGUGACAAUGGUUGGUAUGGCGAAAACUGUGAAAUGUCAACUGUCAAAGUAUAUUCUGUAACACCAGUUUCAACCAGAGGUGGUGAUAUUUAUAUCCAUGGCUUCUUUGGAGACAUUACCAAUCUAUACUUUUUCAUCAACAACACAAUAAUAAACUUCAACUAUGUUUCAAGCUCAUAUGUAAUUGGUAAAGCUCCACCAGGAAAUGGCUAUCAAGAUUUAAGAAUUUUUAAUCAAACCUCUGGUUCAGUAGUUUUCGAAGGGAUUGGUAUGGUUUAUUUCGAUCCAUUCUUGUGUAUGAACAAUUGCUCAUAUAAUGGUGUAUGUAAUUUUAAUUUUUCCCCAAACUGCCAAUGCGAUUAUAAUUGGACUGGUGAAGAUUGUUCA